CAGCGCGCAUGUGUAAUGUUGUUUCGAUGGUUUCACAUCCCAUACCAUUUCUAUGAACAGGCCAUUAUGACCGUGUGACAAGCAAUGAUAUUCGCACGUUUUGUAAGGUCGAAACUAGUGCAAUCCACUCUUCAAUUUAGGAUCACAAUGUCUUCCGCUGUCAUCGCAGCGGAGAAACUAGCUUACGUUAAUUAUGACACCGAAAGCACCAGGCUACGUUUGUCGUUUAAGUAUGCUUCAGAGGACCUCGCAGAACGACAGUAUACAUUAAACCGUAAAUCCGCAGAGGAGCUUCGCGUGGUACUCAGUAGGAUAGCGCUCAACAUUGCCAACGCUGAAGAAGGAAAAAAGAAACGGAAAAAGAAGAAAGAUGCUUACUGUCCUGAAGAUACUUCGCAAACUGACUUGCGAUCCGAGUUGUCAAUUUCUUUGGAACACAAUGGCUUGCCUGUGUCCGGAGAUGUGGCAAACAGCGAUGCCUGGAAAGAUGGUUCCAUACUGCAGAUUGGUGAGCAACGGUACGUGAUUGCGGUAAAUGCACCCACUGUACGGAGCGUUCGUCUGCCUAAGUACUUCAUGGUAGGCUUUCCAGCUUAUGCGCGCAUUGAACUGGAGAAUUGCAGUCUGUGUGACUGGAAACUGACCUGGUAUAUGAGCGUCACGAAAGGGCAAAAGCUACCAAGCCAUGAAGUGCGCAAAGUGAACAACAUGCUGUUCUUGAAAACACAUCAUAGUGGUCCAUUCCUAACGCCAGGUGCUUCGGACAUUGGACGCCAUGUGCUUCUGACACUGACACCUUGUGCAGGGCAGGGCAUGCCAGUUGAAGUUAUUUCAUCCUCUGUUGUUGAGGCUGGCCCUGGUAUAUGUCCGUUCGAAGCGAGGCAGUCUUUUACACCUUUCUUCACUGCACCUGGAAGGUUCCGAUGUAUUUCUUACAACCUCCUUGCUGAUGUCUAUGCUGACACGAAGUUCACAAGAUCUCACCUAUUUCCAUAUUGCCCAUCUUAUGCCCUCGACUUAAGUUACAGGAAGCAAUUGCUUAUAAAAGAACUAUUGGGCUACAAGGGCGACCUGAUGUGCCUGCAAGAAGUUGAUCGCAGAGUUUUUCAAGAAGACCUAGAGCCUAUACUUGGAGAUCAUGGCUUUAACGGCUGCUACACGGAAAAAUGUAGCCCGAUGGCUGAAGGCGUGGCUUGUUUCUUCAGAUUAUCCAAAUUCAGGGCACUUCAUGAGCGUAGUAUUGUAUUGGCAACAGAAAUGACGCAAGAACCAGCGCUGUCGGACAUUCUGGCGAGCAUCAACAAAAAUGAGCACCUCAGGGAUCGAAUUUUAAAUCUUCCAACAGCACUACAGAUUUUACUCUUGGAGCCUCUAGAAUUGCCUGGAAGACUGCUUUUGGUGGCGAACACGCACCUUUACUACCAUCCAGAUUCUGACCACAUCAGACUGCUCCAGGCUUACUGCUGUGUACGACUAGUUGAGUGGAUGCAAGGGGAAUAUACAGAAAAGUAUGGUGUUGUGCCUGCUGUCAUCUUUGCUGGCGACUUCAACAGUUGUCCUGCAUUUGGAGUGUACCAGCUUAUGACCUGUGGAUAUGUGUCACAGGACAGUAGAGACUGGUGUAGCAAUGUUGAAGAAGCUGUGGUGGGCUUGGAGGCAAGGCAGAAGAUUCCCUUGGCAAGUGCAUGCGGCAUUCCUUUGUACACCAACUACACCAGGGGCUUCCAGGGCUGCCUGGACUACAUCUUCUAUGACUACAUGCAGCUAGCUCGGGAGCAUGUAGUACCUAUGCCAACUCAUCAGCAGGUCACCGAAGAGGAGGCACUGCCCAGUGCACACUUCCCAUCUGACCAUGUGGCACAGGUUGCCACACUCAGGUGGCUUUGAACCUGGGUGCAAGAAUGAAAGAACUGGCAGCAAUCUUCCAAGCACAAAUUAAUUACAAAAGCUGAUACUUGCCGGUUGUGUGUUAAGGUCAUGGGGUCCUGGACUAUGGCUUCUGCACAGCCAAAGUUGUGGCGGACAUGGUGUACAAAAUUCCAAUUAGCCAUAAAAAUUUGGGUUUCAAAUUAAGUCAGAUUCAUGCUUCCAAAAGAGACACUGAAGGCAAACAUUAGGUCAAGCUAAAGUAAUGAAGUAGUGCUUUGAAACGAUCAAAGCAUCACUUUUAAUGCAAACAGAUUUUUUUGUAAGGCAAUGAAAUAUCUGAAACGAUUACGAUACUCCCUAAUGCAAAAUUUGAGUGCAGCUCUACACGUUUUCAUUUCGUGAUAUGUUGGCUGGCGCAGACAAUCUGUCUCGUGUGGCACAUUGCAAACAGAGCGAUUGUGGUGCGACAGCCUCGCUAAUCUGGAGAUCGCAAGAGGCAGCACGUGAGUGACGCGUGGGUACAAUUCACAGCAGCUGCUGCAGACAGAGCUCCCAGACGACGCACGCUACUCUGGCACCAUCCCGUAGCCAUCGUCACCGCACUAUGCUUUUCUUCUCACACUUUCGCCAUACCCUCCACCUAGGACGCUUUCCUCCUUACAGCUUUCAUCUCCUGCUGCGCUCCGCGUUCACUCUUUCAUCCUUGGCUGUUCUCAUUUGCUCAGUUACGACGAGGCUCGCUACACAAACGGGUGCCUAAGAGCUGUGCUCUAAAAUUGGCAGUUUCACCCAAAGGCGUAGCAUUGAAAGCGAUAGCAAGGUUUAGCAUUGCACUCGAGCUCCUUGGAUGAUGUUCUAACAAUAUGUGGAGGUGACAUGUUCGCGUGAUGCAUCAUGCAAGACAAUGAUUGCUGUGCAUCAGAAACAGCGCUCUGGCUGAUACCAGGUGUCUCACAAGGCUGGCGCGAUAAAAAACGCCAGCAGUGGUGUUAUGCAUUGAUGGCACACGAAAUGAAGCUGAUAAAGAAACUGUUGGUGUUUGCAGGUGCACAAUAAAAGCACUAGAUAGCUUUAGCUUGUCAUCUGUUCUGGUCAAAUCAGUGUAUGCAUACAAUUUUAUAUGCACACAGCUGCCUAGCAGUAAUGCAAAUGUGUGUGCACACAUUAGCAUCAUGGCUCCGCUGAAGAACCAAUUGAACUGAGCAUGAUGCUACAUCCACUCCAAUUGGCUUUGUCAUUUUUGCAGCAGAACAACACUGUACAGGUACCUCUGAAAACCUUCUAACCCACCACACAUGGGUUGCGCAUGCAUUGAUCCCUUUACAACUUGGCAGUGGCAACAACGACGGCGUGAACACACCUCAGGUGUCUGUAUAAUUGUUAUCUCAAUAAAUUGGCAAGCGCAUACAACAGGACUGGUGCUGCCACUGUGAAAGAUGUGGUACUGGCAUGCAUGGCAUAUAACAUCCCAUUUCAAAUUUGCAAGUUGUAGUCAGCCAGUGAAAAUAAAAAAAGUCAGUUGAGUUGCAUUUAAAUAUGAAAGAAAGCACAUUUUGCACAAUUUUCUUGGAUUUUUCUACAGAAGAACUUAUGGAUGCUACCUCUGCAUUCCUUUGUUGGCACUGUUUACAGCAGUGUGGUGUCCUCUCCUGUGGCCCUCCGACUCUAAGCAAGCCGUUAGUGCAUUACUUCCGAGAUCAGUGCACUUCCUACAGAAAUCACACCGCUUGUGGGUAAUUUGAAUUGCAGAAAGAUUGUGUGGCUCAUAAGUUUUGAUUUUCUGUACAACUAAGUAAUCUCUUGGCAUAAAACAAAUGUUUGAGAUUUCUGGAAGGGAACUCUUAAUUGUCUAGAUUUAUUCAAUGUUUGCUUUUAGUGUCCCUCUCUGUAGAAAGAAACUAAUUGUUAUUUGCUGUGUUAGCAUUAACUAUGUUGCAUUUUAUAUGUCACAAAAAGCCCCACAAAUGUGUUGACAUGAAUGCAGUAUGGGAAAUUUGCCCAGUGAGAAAUCCUUUCUCUUGGUGGGAAUGUUUCAUUAUGUUCCAUUGCCUUCUGAGAAGUGCUUCACAUAUGUGCACUUGGAUAAGUGACAAUUUGUAAAAAUUUUGAAUGCUCUACUUUUGUUUUUGGGGCAACUGGUUCCGCACCUGUGGUCACAUUACACUCUUCAAAGAAAUUACACCCUUUGGGGCUUAUCUUGUCCCACAACAAUAAUCGUCAUCUGUCUAGCCCGCAUUUCCUUUCUUUAACGCUGUGAGCUCGGUACUUCCAGUACACGAACGGCUUGCACGUUAUCAGUGUGACACAGCAUUCUCAACAGGAAAGUAGCGAGCGCAGAGUUUUCAAGAAAGGAAAUGCAACCAAGGCAGAUGACAAUUAUUGUGGGACAAAUAUACAACCCAAAGGGCGCAACCGUUUUAAGAGUGUAUGUGUAUUGCUCAGUUCAAACCUGCUGCAAGUGAUCGUUGACCAUUGCUGUGCGCAUUGUGUAUGAUACUUCGAAUUUGAUGUCAGCAAGCCGAGGGGCCUUCCAUGAGCUUAGAGGUGCAUCUGAAGAAUAGAGUACAGUAUGAAGCAAAUCAGCUAUCACUUUGUCUAGACAGCAUUGCUGUAGAACAUUGAUGUCAACAUGUCAUCAGUGGAGUUCAGAAAAAGGCCCAAUAUCGUGCCUUUCAAGUAUCUUUUGAGCAUUUGUACACUUGCAAAUGUUUACAGCUUCUAAACUAGGGCCAUCUCCUAAAAAAUUUUGAAUCGGCUGGUCAAAUCAGGAAAUUUGUUAUAUUUCAUGAAUAUUUAUUUUUUGUUGUUUCUUCAGCUUGUAUAUUUGUGAAAGCUAAUGCAAGCCUAUUUUUACUCUAAAAAUUUUGUGACAAUUUUAUUGUAGGAAAAAAAAUUCAAUAAAGGGAUGAAAUUGGAAUAGUGGCAUCAAACUUUACAUGGAAUGUCUGUGAUGAAAAAGUAAAAACUGAAACACCAUA